GCGAAACCAGGACAAUCAUCUAUCCAAACACAUUCACUUGCCUGCCGCGACCACGAUGCACACGGUUAUAAUAAAUCAGCUGGGGCCCCAAAGGCCAUUGCUUGACUAUAUCCGCAUAUGGAUUGGACACACUGAAGAUUGGCAGGACCAAUACGAGGACUGGGAUGGAUAUUCUAAGACUCAGAUAUCCCAUCCAGGAGUUCUGUCGAGAUUUGACUGGAAAAAAUUUAACACAAUCCGACUCGAAAUCCCUAUCUUACCACAAGACGAAUUUUUUAAAACCGCAAUAGCAAUUGCCAAAGAUGCUAAAAGCAGAGAAGAAUAUAAACGGAUGUUUGAAAAAAAAAACGCGUUGCUCCGAAGAGAGUUAGAAGAAAUGGCCCAUGUUAGCUGCAUGGACCUUAUGGGAUAUCGAGAAUCCGAUGUACAAGAUAGCCAAUCUGACCUUGCCGAUGAAUUUAUCGAUGAACAAACCAACGGGAUCCCUAACAACUAUCUGGGCAAUAAAACACAGUAUUUCAUUCCUGAUUAUUAUGAUGGACCAAUGGGACCUGAAGAUUGGCUGAAGGAUAAUGGUUUUCUUCCUGCGCCAGAGCAAAGAAGCCAAUACCAAAGGAAGCGGUUUGUACCACCUUAUCUUUUGAAUACCUAGUGCGCUAUAAUAGCUAAGAAUUAUUAGGAAGGAGAUGAAUGAUAAUGAUGAUGAUGAUGAUGAUGAAAGGGGAUCCAAACGCAAAAGGUCACAGAGUCCUGCUGCAGAUUCUUCAUCGCCUCAUACUUCAUCUUCUUUCGCUGAAAAUGCGCAAGAAGAAAGGGCAGCCAAUGGAUCCAAACGCAAAAGGACAGAGAGUCCUGAUGCAGAUUCUUCAUUAUCUCAUGCUUCAUCUUCCGCUCCUAAAAAUGAUCAAGAAGAAAGGGCAGCCAAUGGAUCUAAACGCCAAAGGCUAGAGAGCCAUCGCACAGAUCCUUCAUUAUCUCAUGCUUCGUUU